AUGACACCACAGCUGAAGACGAAGAUUGAAAAAAACACUAUCUUUUUGUGUGAACGCCAUUUUAAACCUGAAGUGAUUUUUCAACGUAAGUAUUGACCUCUCAAUUUUGCGCAAAUUUAUGGUAAUUAGACACUUCGUAUAUCAUUUACAUGUAUUAAAAUAUCAGUUGUUAUUAACUGUAGGAUAAACAUUGUGCAAACUGUUUAUAGUUUACUUUCAAUUCUUUUUCAGAUGCGAAAAGAAAGUCCUUAGCAACUGGUGCUGUUCCUACGGAAAACCUCCCGUUAAAAAGUCAUGAGUCGAAGCCAAAAACACGACGGCCUCUUGUGCGACAGAAUACCGCGGAAGCUUGCUCGACAUCAGAAGGUUCGCCACCCGUUGAGAUGACAAGUGCGGAUUUAAUUUCCGAUGAAAGCCUGGAAGAGUUUGCCAGUAAGAUAAAAGAAAAGAUACCAGAUCCAUGGGUCAUCACAACGUGCAACAACACGGAGAUUAGAAUAGAACUUUGGGAUUCCAGUUACUCGAUUCCAAGAUACAUUCUACAUGUUGAUUCGGGCUUGCAGUUUUCGCUACAUGUUUACAAUUGGCUGCUACCUGAUAUCCAUCCUUUAUACACUACGCACCGACGACGAAUGGACUCUGCUAGAGUUGUUGACUUUUUGGAAGCUAUCAGAGGUGAAAAAUAUCUCAUUUGCGAAGGAUUACGCCAAGAUGAGCAUGUACAAUCUAUUGCUAAAGAUCCAGGUGACGCGAGCCAUACGUCCUUCAGCAAUUCUGAUGUUAUGCGGCAUUCUAUUCCAAACAGAGUCGAUAUGGAUUCAAAUUUUGGAGUUCUGGUAGUUUUUCGUUGUGUAGGUUGCCAGCUAUUACUCGGCAGACAAGUUGAUGAAGAGCAAGUGAUUUGUGAUCCAUGCAAGAAGUUACAAAAGAAUAUUUUGGUGCAACAAAAUCGAAAGAGUCGUUCUUCUAGUGCCCCUGCUAAAGCUAAAGCUCCAUUGACUGCCUGUAGCUCAGAAAAACUUAGAGCAACAGUGGUAGCUAAGCGUUUGGAGUGUAAACAAUUGGAAGAUAAAAUGAAAAAGCUGCAAGAUAAAAUAGAAAAGAGUGCUGUGAGUGUGAGUGAGCCCCUUGAAAAGGAUCUGAUGACCAUCAUGAGCGGACAGAAUCUAGAUUCCACCCCACACAUGAAGUUCUUCUGGGAACAACAAAUUCACCUCCUGAAAACCAAGAAAAUGGGCCGUAGGUAUCAUCCACAAAUGAUACGAUUUGCACUAUCAAUACAUUGCAAAUCUCCUUCUGCAUAUCGGGAGCUUAGAGACAGUGGAGCUCUAAUAUUACCAAGUGAGCGUGUUCUUCGAGUUACAAGAACUAUUUUAAACCUGGAGCUGGCAUCAUUAAAGAAAACAUUGAAGAAUUGA